AUGCGUCACGCCUACCGAUUCUGUGCAAUGCCUUUCAAGGACGCAGUUGUCACAAAGAGGUCCUCGAAGCAUUUCAUCGUUAAAUUUGUCAGGCUCGCCUGCGGCGUCAAUGUGGAAUGGCCGCUUGGGCUUAAUCACGACAUGCCUUUCUAUCACAGUUCGUUCUUUGGCGUUGAGGACGCACGUCCUUUCCAUGACCUCAGCUUUCGGGUGCUCUCUUUCCCUCCCACCGUCACUAUUCUUCGCGGCAGCUAG